AUGGCGGAGACGCCGGGCGGCAAGCAGUCGCCGGGCAGCAAGGCGUCCAAGAAGGUCAACGACUCCAAGUUCGGCGAGACGAUCGUCGAGGAGAUCCAAGUGAGCGUGACCGUCAUGCUGACCGGCGUCGCCCUCGUCGAGAUGGGCUACGACAAGGAGCUGCGGGCCGCCAUGUACGAGAUGGCCGACGCGUGGGGGUGCAUCAACACGUACCUGCCGCAGCAUGUGACGCGGAAGCGGAUUCUCGACUUUCAGGGCGAGACGUGGAAGGACAAGCAGGAGACGGAGCGGCCCAACAAGAACUAUAAGCGCGCUCCGGGCUGGACGAACGCGAACUCAAAGCCCGAUGCGGGCGCCGCCGCGGCUCCUCCCUCCGCCUGUCCAAUGAGGGCCGACGGCGGCGCCGCUCCGUCCGGCAGAGCCGCCGCCGCGGAGCCGCCAAAGGCAUCGGGCUGCCCAGUCGACCACAGCAAGUGGAGCGCGUGGGCCGGCCGGUCGGCGGCGGCGGCGGGCGGCGACGGCGAGGCGGACAUCAACCCGGACAACCGCAUGCCCGUCCUCUCGCAGCAGCCCGCGGCUGGGCAGGACGCGGUGCUCGACACGAGCCGCGUGGUGUCGAGCAUUCCGCAGGGGCGCGCGGGGGCGACCGAGCGGUGGGUGUACCCGUCGGAGCAGCAGUUUUACAACGCGCUCGUGCGCAAGGGCAAGGACGACGGCGUCGACACGGCCGCCAUGCCCUCGGUGCUCGAGUACGAGCGGCUGCACUGCGACACGUGCGACCCGGCCAAGGUGUCGCUGCUGCGCUUCCAGGGCCGCCCGUUUGAACUGUCGCCAAAGGCGCGACUCAAGACGGCGCUGGGUCUCGCGCCGCGCCCCUUCGACCGUCACGACUGGACCGUCGACCGCCCUAACCCGGAGGUGCGGUACAUCAUCGACUACUACGACGCGUCCGCCUCGAGGGAGGCGGGGGGGCCGCUGCCCUCGCUGCACGACCCAGACGGUGUGCCGACCAUCCUGAUGGACGUGCGGCCUGCGGGCGACACGCCGGGCGAGCUGCUCGACCGCGCGAGGAUGGUCUUGCAGAAGGGCGUCGUCGCGACGCUGCGCGAGGCGCUCACGCCGAUCGCCACGAGCGACUCCACCGUCUCCGCGCCAGCGGCUGGCGGGGCGGCGGCGGAGGCGGCGCCGCCGCCGCCUGCAGUCUCCGAGGCGGCGGCGGUGCGCUCCGCUUGCGCGUCGGCGAUGGAGGCGCUGUCGGCGUGCAUGCAGAAGGGGUCGGACGACGCCGGCUGCAUGCAGGCGCGGAUGGGGCUGACGAUGUGCAUCGCGCAGCAGGUCUGCUCCGCCGAGGCGGACCUCUUCCACUCGUACAAGGGGUCUGCGGACGGGGAGGGCGGCGUGGCCUAG